ACUGGAACCCGGGUGGUCGCCAUGGCUGGCUUUGCCCGACGCGGCCGGCCGUUUGUCGGCUGGCCUGCGCCCGGCCUCCCGCUGCUGCUUCAGUGUCUGCUCGGGACCCUGGCCAACAAACUCAACGUGCCGCAGGUGUUGCUCCCCUUCGGCCGGGAGCCAGGCCGCGUGCCCUUCCUGCUGGAGGCGCAGCGGGGCUGCUACACCUGGCAUUCCACCCAUCAUGAUGCAGUAACUGUUGAGCCUUUAUAUGAAAAUGGCACCUUAUGUUCUCAAAAAGCUAUGCUCAUUGCUGAGUCUACCCAACCCAUACGCCUCAGCAGUAUUAUUCUUGCUCGAGAGAUAGUGACUGACCAUGAACUACGCUGUGAUGUUAAGGUUGAUGUGAUAGACAGCAUUGAAAUUAUAUCUCGAACCCGGGAACUCUAUGUAGAUGAUUCACCACUGGAACUGAUGGUGAGAGCAUUGGAUGCUGAAGGAAAUACUUUUAGUAGUUUGGCAGGGAUGAUGUUUGAGUGGAGCAUUGCCCAGGAUAACGAAUCAGCAAGAGAAGAAUUGUCUAGCAAAAUUAGGAUUCUGAAAUACUCCGAAGCAGAAUAUUCUCCCCCAGUGUAUAUAGCUGAGAUGGAAAAAGAAGAGAAACAAGGAGAUAUGAUUUUGGUGUCUGGGAUCAGAACUGGUGCUGCUGUUGUAAAAGUUCGAAUUUAUGAGCCAUUCUAUAAGAAAGUGGCAGCAGCACUGAUACGUCUGCUAGUUUUGGAGAAUAUAUUUCUUAUACCAUCCCAUGAUAUUUAUCUCUUAGUAGGAGCAUAUAUUAAAUACCGAGUUGCAAAAAUGGUGCAGGGAAGAAUGACAGAGGUGGGAUUUCCCCUAGAACACUAUACACUGGAAUUGCAAGACCACAGAGUUGCAUGUAAUUGGUCUCUUUCUGGGAAAGUGGCUUUACUGGAUGAGAAAAGAGCUAUGGUGACUGCUGUCCAACUGGGCCAAACUAACCUUGUCUUUGUCCAUAAAAAUGUCCAUAUGCGAUCUGUGUCUGGACUCCCAAAUUGCACCAUAUAUGUUGUAGAGCCUGGAUUUUUAGGUUUCACAGUUCAACCUGGAGACCGAUGGAGUCUAGAGGUGGGACAGGUGUAUGUCAUUACAGUAGAAGUAUUUGAUAAAAGCAGUACAAAGGUCUAUAUUUCAGAUAAUCUCAGGAUUAUGUACCAGUUCCUAAGGGAGUACUUUGAAGAGCAGCUCGCUACUGUGAAUGGAUCUUACCAUGUAGUAAAAGCCCUGAAAAGUGGUGUUGUGGUGAUAAAUGCAUCCCUGACUUCCAUCAUUCACCAGAAUAAAAGUAUUCAGCCUAUAAAAUUUCCAAUCAUACAUCAGCAAGAAGUGAAGAUUUAUUUUCCCAUCAAGCUUACACCCAGCUUUCUGGCAUUUCCUCAUCAUCCUAUGGGAAUAUUAUAUCGGUAUAAAGUACAGGUAGAGGGUGGCAGUGGCAACUUCACUUGGACCUCUUCUAAUGAAACAGUGGCCAUGGUGACCACUAAAGGAGUUGUGACUGCAGGUCAGGUCAGGGGGAACAGUACUGUUUUGGCCCGAGAUGUACAAAAUCCCUUUCGAUAUGGAGAAAUUAAGAUAUAUGUCCUGAAACUGAACAAAAUGGAGCUGUUACCAUUUCAUGCUGAUGUGGAGAUUGGCCAGAUUAUAGAAAUCCCCAUUGCAAUGUAUCAUGUAAAUAAGGAGAACAAAGAAGUCAUCGUGUUCACAGACUGCUCUCAUUUAUUGUUGGAUCUGAACAUGGAUAAGCAAGGAGUCUUUACUCUUCUCAAGGAAGGUAUUCAAAGACCUGGGCCAACACACUGUUCUAGUAUACAUAUAGCAGCCAAAUCUCUAGGCCAUACCCUGGUAACAGUGAGUGUGACUGAGUCUGAAGAGUACUUGGAGAGCAGUGCCACAUUUGCUGCUUAUGAACCUCUAAAGGCUGUAAACCCUGUGGAGGUGGCAUUGGUGACGUGGCAGUCUGUGAAGGAAAUGGUGUUUGAAGGGGGCCCCCGACCAUGGAUCUUGGAGCCCUCCCGAUUCUUUCUGGAGUUGAGCAUGGAGAAGACAGAGGAAAUUGAAUUAACACAAGUCCGGCUGCCAGCUAAGAGAAAACAGAGCCAGUACAUCUACCGGGUCUUGUGCCUGGAUUUAGGGGAACAAGCUCUGACAUUCCGAAUUGGAAAUCAUCCAGGUGUCCUGAACCCCAGUCCAGCUGUUGAGGCUGUGCAGGUACGCUUCAUGUGUGCCCACCCUGCCAGCAUGUCAGUAACCCCAGUAUACAGAGUGCCAGCUGGUGCCCAGCCAUGCCCUCUGCCACAGCACAACAAACAGCUGAUUCCUGUAUCAAGCCUGAGGGACACAGUUCUGGAACUGGCAGUGUUUGAUCAACACAGGAGAAAGUUUGAUAAUUUCAGUUCACUAAUGCUGGAAUGGAAAUCCUCAAAUGAAACACUAGCUCAUUUCGAAAAUUAUAAUUCAGUGGAGAUGGUAGCAAAGGAUGACGGCAGCGGGCAGACUCGGCUACAUGGUCAUCAGGUCCUUAAAGUACAUCAGUUAAAAGGGACUGUACUCAUUGGAGUCAAUUUUGUGGGCUACCCAGAGAAGAAAAGUCCAGAGAAACUUUCCAACUUGCCCAGAUCUGCAGCUGUGGAGCUGCUUCUGGUGGACGAUGUAACUGUACUGCCCGAGAAUGCCACCAUCUAUAACCACCCUGAUGUGAAGGAGAUAUUUAGCCUUGUGGAAGGAUCUGGUUAUUUUCUGGUCAACAGCAGUGAGCAGGACAUUGUCACCGUCACUUACAUGGAAGCAGAAAGCUCUAUCCAGUUAGUUCCAGUACACCCUGGAUUUCUCACCUUAGAGGUCUACGAUCUGUGCUUGGCUUUCCUGGGUCCAGCAGUGGCCUACCUCAGGGUGUCAGACAUACAAGAGCUGGAGCUUGAUCUGAUUGAUAAGGUUGAAAUAGGUAAAACUGUGUUAGUAACUGUGAGGGUUCUUGGCUCUUCCAAACACCCAUUCCGAAAUAAAUACUUCAGAAACAUGGAGCUUAAAAUGCAGUUGGCUUCUGCCAUCGUCACCCUGACGCUAAUGGAGGAACAGGAUGAAUACUCUGAAAAUUAUAUCCUUCGAGCUGUCUCUGUUGGGCAAACCACACUUGUGGCUAUUGCCAGGGACAAGAUGGGGAGGAAAUUCACAUCGGCUCCUCGCCAGAUUGAGGUAUUUCCUCCAUUCAGACUUGUUCCAGAGAAAAUGACACUGAUUCCAACUAACAUGAUGCAGGUCAUGUCUGAAGGUGGCCCCCAGCCUCAAUCUAUCAUUCACUUCUCUAUCAGUAACCAGACUGUGGCUGUUGUGAAUAGGAGGGGGCAGGUUACAGGGAAGAUGGUUGGCACAGCUGUGGUCCAUGGCACCAUCCAGACAGUAAAUGAAGAUACUGGCAAAGUCAUUGUGUUUUCUCAGGAUGAAGUACAUAUUGAAGUGGUUCAGCUAAGGGCUGUUAGGAUCCUUGCAGCUGCUACUCGACUCAUCGCAGCAACUGAGAUGCCAGUUUACAUCAUGGGAGUGACCAGUACUCAGACCCCUUUCUCCUUCAGCAAUGCCAACCCUGGGCUCACGUUCCACUGGUCCAUGAGCAAAAGGGAUGUUUUGGAUCUAGUACCCAGGCAUUCAGAGGUUUUCCUACAACUCCCAGUAGAGAAUAACUUUGCCAUGGUUGUCCAUACAAAAGCAGCUGGUCGGACCAGUAUCAAAGUCACUGUCCGCUGUAUGAACAGUUCCUCUGGGCAGCUUGAGGGGAAUUUGUCGGAACUGUCUGAUGAAGUUCAGAUCCUGGUGUUUGAGAAACUCCAACUGUUCUUUCCAGAGUGCCAGCCUGAGCAAAUUCUGAUGCCCAUGAAUUCCCAGCUCAGACUCCACACCAACAGAGCCCCCAAGAGACGCCACUCGUUCCAUUUGUUCUCUAGGGAAGGGGCCGCCUUUGUGAGCUCCCGUGUUCUCCAGUGUUCCCCUAAUUCAUCUGUCAUCGAGGAGGAUGGCGAAGGGCUCCUGAAAGCUGGUUCCAUCGCAGGUACUGCUGUGUUGGAAGUCACUUCUGUAGAACCUUUUGGAGUCAACCAAACAACCAUAACUGGAGUUCAGUCAUCUCAGGUCAGGACUUCACAAUCUAUGGCAGCUCCUCUCCAGUGGCCCUUCUCCCGCCCGCAGGUGGCGCCAGUGACAUACAUGCGGAUGAGCAGCCAACCCAAGCUGUAUGCAGCCCACGGGAGGACUCUGCCAGCCUUUCCUGUGGGCAUGUCUCUCACCUUCGUUGUCCAGUUUUAUAACAGCAUUGGAGAGAAAUUCCACACACACAAUACCCAGCUUCAUCUGGCUCUGAACAGAGAUGACCUGCUACUUAUUGGGCCAGGGAAUAGGAACUAUACUUAUGUGGCCCAGGCAGUGAACACAGGAGUGACGCUUUUGGGAAUCUGGGACCGGAGGCACCCAGGUGUGGCAGAUUAUGUCCCUGUUGCUGUGGAGCAUGCCAUUGAGCCAGACACCCAGCUCACCUUUGUUGGAGAUGUCAUCUGCUUCAGGACUCACCUCCUCAACCACAAUGGUGAACCUGGGACAUGGAUGAUUUCUGCUGACAGCAUUCUACAAACAGACGCUGGCACUGGAGUGGGGGUGGCCAGGAGUCCAGGAAUAGCAACAGUUUUUCAUGACAUCCCAGGAGUGGUGAAAACAUAUCGAGAGGUGGUGGUCAAUGCAUCAUCAAGAAUAACACUCAGUUAUGACCUCAAGACCUACCUCACCAAUACCCCCAAUUCAACUGUGUUCAAGCUCUUCAUCACCACUGGCAGAAAUGGUGCUAAUCUUAAAGGAUCCUGUACCCCAAGUCAGGCCUCGGCCAUUACAACAAUACUUCUUCCUGAGACCCUCGUGCUGUGCCAUGUGCAGUUCAGUAAUACUUUGCUAGACAUCCCAGCAAGCAAAAUCUUCCAUGUCCAUGCAGGUUUCAGCAUGGAGAAAGGGGUUUAUGUCUGCCUAAUCGAGGUUCAACCCCAGUCAGAAGAGCUGCUGCAGGCCCUCAGCGUGGCUGACACCUCAGUCUAUGGGUGGGCCACACUGGUCAGUGAACGGAGCAAGAACGGAAUGCAAAGAGCCCUCCUUCCUUUCAUCCCAGCCUUUUACAUCAACCAGUCAGAACUGAUUCUUAGCCACAGACAAGACACUGGGGAGAUAAGAGUGCUGGGGGUGGACAGAGUUCUUGAGAAGCUAGAGGUCUUCCCCAGCUCCCCAGUUCUAGCGGUCUCUGGCCACAGACAGUCUUCUUCCCUCACGCCUGGCCUGGCUGUCUAUCCCGUAAGAGUACUCAACUUCACCUCCCUUCAGCAGAUGGCAUCACCCAUUUUCAUCAAUAUUUCCUGUGAGCUCACCAGUCAAAGUGAGGCUGUGCUAGUGAGAGCUCUGAAGGAUAAGUCUGGUGCAGAUCAGUGUGAAGAUUCAGGUAUUCUCCAGAAGUUCCUGGGUUCUCACCAGACCAUCCUCUUUACCAUCUUUGCAGUGCUGGCAUCAACAGCUUUCAUCUUUUUAGCGUAUAAUGCCUUCUUAAACAAGAUACAGACAGUUCCAGUUGUUUAUGUACCGACUCUAGGGACACCACAACCAGGUUCUUAUACCUCCACCACACGUUCUCCCCCACCUUUCACGAGUCCACAAGCCCCACCAGGCCAGAGUCGGCUACAACACUGGCUAUGGAGCGUAAGGCACUAACCUCCACCACUUGGACAAAUCCCCUCAACUGUAGAGGACUGGAGCCGUAAGCCCCCAAACUAGGUAGUGUGACCGUAAAUAAAGGAUCCUAAGCUGUUCUGAGCUAAAGUGGUGUAUGUUAAGCUGUAUUUUAAAGGUCGACUGUCAAUUCUCAAUGCUAUGAAAACAUAAAAGUGAAAGAAAAUAUCCAUUUACAUAGUAUCCCACGUUUUUACCAAGUUCCAAAGAUUUACUCAGUGAGCCUAGCUGGACAGAAAUGUCCCAAAUAGACUUUUUAAGUAC